AGAGCUUAAUAAUGGAUAGUGCGAUUACUCUAUGGCAGUUUUUGCUUCAGCUUCUUCAGGAACCUCACCACAGCAACCUUAUUUGUUGGAUUUCAAAUGAUGGGAAGUUUAAACUUCUUCAGGCUGAGGAAGUGGCCCGGUGUGGGGUGUGCGCAAGAACAAGCCAAGUAUGAACUAUGACAAACUGAGCAGGGCACUCCGCUACUACUAUGUAAAGAAUAUUAUCAAAAAGGUAAAUGGACAAAAGUUUGUUUACAAGUUUGUCUCAUACCCGGACAUCCUUACUAUGGAUCCACUGGCCUUGGGUAGAGGAGAAGAAAUGGAUGGGAACCCAGCUGAUGCUGCAAACACAUGU